UAAGUGAGGAGAAAACGUCUCGUGGGACCGCGGGUGAAGUCUAUACGUUUAGUCGGUUUUUAACGGAUUUUAAAAGGCUUCUUUCUUUCCCCCACAAAACUGACUGACUUCUACAGAAUAAAGGGAGUCUGAUGUGUAGCAGACACCAUGCAUCAGCUGUUAGGCCUGGUGCUGGGCAAGAGGGACCUGUCCCGGGCUGGAGACCUCUUCUCCCUGGAGGACUCUGAGAUAGAGGACUGUCUCUCACAGGCCCUGGAGGAAAUCAAGGCUAUCUCCUGCUCCCCUGACUACCUGACCAAUGACAAUGACCAGGCUGUGGUGGAGAUCUGCAUCACGCGUAUCACCACAGCAAUCAGGGAGACACGGUCCAUCGAGCGCCAUGGGGGGGCACUGGUGGGUCUGUGGGAGUCCUGUCUGGAACACAACCUCACCCCCCAGGGUAAAGACGAAGACACACCCCAUGCCAAGAUAGCCUCUGACAUCACCAGCUGUAUUCUGCAGAACUACAGUCGUCCCCCAGUGAUGGCUCUAGCAGUGCCGGUGGCAGUGAGGUUUCUGCAGAGAGGCAACAGAGAGCUCAGUAGAAACAUGUCCAGUUAUCUCUCUCUGGCUGCCAUGGCUAAGGCUGAACUACUGGCAGAACACACAGAGGCUAUCACCUGCAGCGUGCUGGGAGGUAACCACAUGCUCCUACGCGUGCUGCCGUCCGUCUACCCCAAACAGCCCCAUGCCAUCCAUCGUCACCUAGGCAACCUGACGGCCAUGAUGUCACAUCUCGAUUCACCGGAGCAACAACACCUGCUGAGGCUGAUCCGGAUGGUCGCCGAGCAACAGCCACUGGUUCUGAGCCCCCUGGUGCCCUCCCUGGUUGGUUACCUAGGCGAUGCAUCUCUGAACGAGACUCUACUGGGUGCACUGGUGGACAUGUCACAGGCUAGCCCCGCCUCCAUGACCCCCUUCCUGCCCGCGUUGAGGGUUGUGGGUCAGCAGUACCCAGUCCUGCUGGGAGACGUGGUCAAAAUACACAGAGCUGUGGGCUUGACCAGUGAGCGUCAGGCCCGUAGCUCCCUGGCGUACCUAGUGUCUCUGCUGGGCAGUAUGGAUCACAGCUUCCACUACAGUCUGCUGCUGGAGAUCAGAGCCCUGACUGACAGAUACACCUCCAUCCUGGGAGGCUGUGCCAAAGACAUCUACAGGAUGAGUAACAGCUUCACCUCUAUAGCCAGACUACUGGAGACAUACACCACCAUCAACUGCAGGGUUGAAGAGGAAUCAGAAGGCCCUCCUUCCCCAGAGGCCAGUGUGUGUGUGGGUGCAGGGGGGUUUGGAAGGGGGUCAGAGCAGCGACUGCAGGUGAAGAUCCAGGCGUUUGAGGAGAAGAUGGGGGAUGAGGGGGGAGAAGGGGAGACAGACGGUGGGUCAACUACACCCCAACGCAGAUACAGCAUGGGACAAGCCGCUAGAGAGGAAUACAGAGAGAUGAGAUUUAACAGGUCAAAGAGUCUGGCUCUGCACGCUGUGAGGUCACGGUCCAUCAACUCUGAGAGUGGUCAGGAUGGAGAAGGGGUGGAGCUAACAUCUGACGCAUUGCUCUCAGUGUCCCCACCCAAUCAGCAAACGGAAAACUUAGACACCUCUCCCACUGAGAGGGAGCUAACCAAUGUGAGUUCCCUGUCUCCCUCCACCCAUCCGGCCACGCCCCGUGAGGAACAGAGGGAUGGACAGGGAGAGGGGGAAGGAAGGAGAGGAGUGAAUAGGGACACCGGGAAAGAGGACAAGCUGUACAGCCACCUGAGGGACAACAUGGAGAAGAUCAAAGAGUUCUGUUCUGUGAUGGUCCAACAGAUCCCCAUACCAGAACACUGUGUCAUAGAAGACUCAAGCCGUGGCUGUGUUGCAAAGCUGUCGUUCUCGUGCUCUCUAAAGGGGCAUUACUGUCUGUAUACCAAGUCCUGUUUCACCCUCACCAGCCUCCAGCCACACCUCUGGAUCAACAUCAUGCUGCUUCACCUACAGAGUCAGCACAGCUCUCCCCUCUCCUCUCUGGAUGACUGUGUUCAGAGGUUGGGGAGACUGUGGGAGAGGACCCAGCUAAAAGGAGCUCACUGCUUCUCCAUGGCCAUGACACAACAGCCCACUCCACACAGAAAGGACCUGGACAGUCUGCAGAUCCUUCUGGAGGAGGUGCGUUUCUUUGACCUGUUUGGCUUCAGUGAAGAGGAGGGCAGCUGGCUCUGCUACAUGUGCAACAACCCAGAGAAGGCCACAGUGGUGAACGAGGAUGGCCAGCCGCUGAUAGAGGGGAAACUGAAAGAGAAGCAGGUUCGCUGGAAGUUCAUCAAACGCUGGAAGACUCGCUACUUCACCCUGGCAGGAAACCAGCUCCUCUUCCGGAAGGGAAAAUCUAAGGAUGAGCUAGACGACAGCACCAUCGAGCUGAGCAAAGUGCAGAGCGUCAAGGUGGUGGCUAAGAAGCGACGUGAGCGGGGUCUCCCUCGGGCCUUUGAGAUCUUCACGGACAGUAAAACAUACGUCCUGAAGGCUCGUGAUGAGAAGCAUGCUGAGGAGUGGCUCCAGUGUAUUAAUGUUGCCGUGGCCCAGGCCAGAGAGAGAGAGAACAGAGAGGCCACCACCUACCUGUGACCUUGUGACCUGGAAGAUAUUCUACUGUGACCCGUUCCUGACCCAGAAACACAACAUACAGCCCCGCACUACUGUACCAUCUACUAACAACAGCUGUGAUGUCAACUGUUUCUGGUCAUCUGACAGCUGUGGGGUAGCGAAGACUGAUAUCCUGACAUCAUUACCAGAAUUUAGUCAAACACUUAUAUAGGGUAUUGUUUCAGUAUUUACAGCAAUAAGGAUCUUACUAGCAAGCAAUAUGGACCUUCUAUUUCCAGCAAUAACAAUCUACAUAGUAAACCUAGCAAUAAGAGCUCAAUAUGAACAGCAUGAGAAAACUAAGAUGAAAACCCCCUAAUAGAUAGCAUAUGAGAGCGUUCUACAGCAAACAAACAGAUUUACUGUUAUUAGCAUUUAGCAGUAUAAUGUAUUAAUAAAUCGUCAUUUAGCAGUAUAAUUUAUUAAUAUACCGUCAUUUAGCAGUAUAAUGUAUUAAUAUACUGUCAUUUAGCAGUAUAAUGUAUUAAUAAAUCGUCAUUUAGCAGUAUAAUGUAUUAAUAAAUCGUCAUUUAGCAGUAUAAUGUAUUAAUAAAUCGUCAUUUAGCAGUAUAAUUUAUUAAUAAACCGUCAUUUAGCAGUAUAAUUUAUUAAUAAACCGUCAUUUAGCAGUAUAAUGUAUUAAUAUACCGUCAUUUAAAAAGGACCCAGUGGUGUAAUAUAGUGAGCUACAAAAGUAAUGAGAAAGUUACAGACGCACCAAUAUCAUACCUUCAAGAGGUAUGCUAACCUUUCACCCUUACAAUAACAGGGGAAAUUAGCAUUUUUCGGCGGGGGUAUGACAUUUGUGCAUCUGUGAUUCAUUCAGGAUUAUCCGUAAUCAUGGUCACAUCCACAUUAAUGUAGAUGUGUUUAGAAAACAUAUUAUAUUAUUAUUUACAAUAAAAGUGACUCCAAAAUGACACAAUACCUGAUUUAUCAGUCAUUUCUAUUGGGCACAAAAGAAUCUGAAACACAACCAAAACUAACAGAAAAUGAAGUCAGUCACAAGCUUGUUGGGACCAAAUGCUUAACUUUUUACUACUUUACUACUUUCUAAACGGUUCAUCCGAUAUGGAUGAAAAUACCCUCAAUUGAAAGCUGACAACCUGCACGUUAAUCUCAUAGUCAUUGUAUCAUUUCAAAUCCAAAGUGCCGGAGUACAGAGCCGAAAAUGCGUCACUGUCCCAAUACGUUUGGAGCUCAUUGUAUGUCAUAGUUCAUAAAUGAACAGACUAGUCCUCUGGAGGUCUUAGCAGAGGCUCAGAACAACAGUGGGUGAUAUGGACCACACUGCUGGGGGCUUUAUAACUACGUUUUCCCGAUAGGACACGCUCUUCUAUGGAGAAACAUGUUUAUUGGCAAAGCUAUCAUCUUUUUAUUCUCUUGCCUUUUGUUUCAAGAAAAUAGUUGUUUGUCUGUGUGUGUGUGUGUGUGUGUGUGUGUGUGUGUGUGUGUGUGUGUGUGUGUGUGUGUGUGUGUGUGUGUGUGUGUGUGUGUGUGUGUGUGUGUGUGUGUGUGUGUGUGUGUGUGUGUGUGUGUACAAUGAUGAGCAUUGUUGACAUUUCUGACUUGUCCAUUAAUAACUAUACAUUAAACCUAUUGUUUGCAGAACUCUCUCUCAUCACACUGGAGUCUACUAUCCCUCCCCUAAUUGGAGUAACUAGUGAACAACAACUCUUAGGCUUCUACUUCCAGCUUAUA